UUUUUUUUCUUAUAGAUGACGUGGAUAGCUAAUCAACCGUUGAUUGAAUCUUCGCGGUGAGAAACCCGGCACUGCUCUUACACCACCACCUCUCUCGAACCGGUCGAGUCUCGAACCCACCAGAGAGGGCUUUCCUCAGUCCUCCCACAACUCUCUUCCGUUGUUCUUCCUUCGCUUCUCUCCAGAUCCACACUCUCACCAUCACAGCUUCUACGAUUUGGUUCGACCCACACUCUUCAUAUCCCCAAGGAUCUCUCUGAUUUUGAAAAUUCAACUUUUCCCCAGAUCAACUUGUGUUAUUUUCUCAACAGUUUUGGUUCAUGAUUUUGAUUUCGUGAAGAAAGGUCUUAUGGAUUCACACCCUUCCCUAAUGGGAAGGUCCAUUGGCAAUUCGAGCCGAUCGAGCUUAGAUCUUGGCCAUUCGUCGUCUUCGUCUUCUCCUUCAUCGUUAACAAAAUCUAUCUCCGAUGCAAGUAGUCAGAGUCUUUCUUCGAUCCUUAACAAUCCACAUGGAGGUAAGUCUGGUGUUUAUGGUUCCGAUGCGUCUUGGGUUGGUUGGUGGUCUUCGUCUACAUUUGUAGCUCCCUCUGAGUUCGCGCCUGUUGCUUCAACUAAGCUCCCUGGUUCUGAGCUUACCAGAUCCGAUUUCCAUGGCUACGUUUCUACGAUCUCUGAGUCUCAUGGUAGGUUUGAGGAUAUUAGGAAUCAUACAAGGGAAGAGAGCUCUGGGUUUGAUCAGGAGAGCCAUGUAUCGGGUUUAGCUGCGUGCUUGCGUGAGGUUCCUUCACUUUACUUUAAGGAGGAUUUUGCUCUUGAGGAGGGAACUACAUUUCGUUCUGCUUGCCCUUUCUCGAAUCUGACUGAAAAUCUAGCGCUUCAAGAGAAGCUGUCACAGUAUCUUGAUGUAGUGGAGCUGCAUCUUGUAAAGGAGAUCUCAGUGAGGUCUGAUUCGUUCUUCGAGGCUCAGGGACAAUUACAGGAUUUGAAUGUGAAGAUUGUUGAGGGUUGUACUAGGAUUCGUGAGUUGAAAGAGACUAUUCGGCUCCUGGACAGGAAUUUGGUAGAUUCAGCUCGACAGAUUCAAGAGCUGAGCUCAACUAGGAUUAAUAUGUUGGAGCUGCAACGUAAAUUAAGACUUAUCUUGUAUGUUAAUCAAGCUCUCUCUGCACUCAAAUUGCUUGUUGCGUCCGCAGAUUGUGCUGGAGCUUUGGAUAUAACUGACGAUCUUCAGAACUUGUUGGCUGGGGAUGAGCUGACUGGUCUACACUGCUUCCGGCAUCUUCGGGAUCAUGUUACUAGCUCUAUAGAUUCCAUAAACAGUAUUCUCACUGCAGAAUUUAUGCGAAUCUCAAUACAUGAUACUGGGGAAAUAGAUGUACUGAUUUUAGCUGCAGCAAAAAGACGGGGAUCUAUUACAUCAAACGGGAAGACCUUUGAUGAAGUUAAGCUAGAAGAAGAAGAUACCUCUACCUUAUGUGAUCGCCUUCUUCCUUUAGUUAUUGGAUUGCUAAGAACGGCUAAGUUCCCUUCAAUUUUGAGGAUGUAUCGAGAUGCACUCACAUCUGAAAUGAAAAAUGCAAUAAAAAACGCAGUUGCUGAGCUGCUUCCAGUUCUUGUUGCAAGAUCCCUCGAUUCUGACUUUUCACACGGGGACCGCUCAGUAGAUGUUGAUGGUGGUGGCUUAUCUCUUGCGAGCAAGUUGAGGAGUCUGUCAUCUGAGGCAUUUGCUAAUCUCUUAACUGCUAUAUUUAGGAUUGUUCAGGCACAUCUACUCCGGGCUUCGGAAGUGAAAAAGGCAAUCGAAUGGAUCCUUUGCAAUAUUGAUGGACAUUAUGCAGCUGAUUCAGUUGCAGCUGCAAUUGCUGUUGGUGCUGUAGCGGCCGAAACAGCCCAGGAAACAGGUUUUCAAAGCGGGUCCUUAGUGUCUUCUCCACUGGGUAAGGCAGCCACAAAGGCCCCUGCAUUGCAGGGAAGAUCGAGUGACACAUCAAGUUUGAUGAACAUGUCAAGAAACUUCAGGGCUGAUGUCUUGAGAGAAAACACAGAAGCUGUCUUUGCGGCUUGUGAGGUUACUCAUGGUAGGUGGGCAAAGCUAAUAGGAGUUCGCGCUCUUCUUCAUCCAAAAUUAAAAUUGCAGGAGUUCAUGAGCAUUUAUGAUCUGACCCAAGAAUUUAUAACAGCUACGGAAAAGAUUGGUGGACGUUUGGGAUCUAGUAUUCGUGGGACGCUGCAAUCACAAGCCAAAGCCUUUGUGGAUUUCCAGCAUGAAACUCGGAUGACAAAACUGAGAGCUGUGCUUGAUCAAGAAACAUGGGAUGAGAUAGAUGUUCCCGAAGAAUUUCAAUCCAUAAUCAGUUCUCUUUUUGCAUCCCAGGAGUUGAUUUCUGGGAAAGUUGAUAAUGCUGAUCUCAAUACAUACCAUAAUAAUCCGCUCCCUCUCAAUGGGUCUCUCACUUCUGGAAAUGGGAAUCAAAAUUCUGAAUUACGAAAUGAUAAAUCUGAAUCUAGUGAAGUUCCUGCAGUUAGCGAUGUACAAAUGAAAUCCCCAGUCUCCCCUGAGUCUCUUGAAAGCAGCAAGGCUGGUGUAUCUUCAGUUCCGAAUAAUCAAAGUAAUCAUAAGACGCACAGAAAAUCUAACCUUUUCUAUCAAGGAGUUGAUUACCACAUGGUAAACUGUGGGUUAAUAGUGCUCAAGAUGUUGUCAGAAUACAUUGAUAUGAACAACUCUUUACCUGCUUUGUCCUCGGAAAUUGUUCUUCGUGUUGUUGAAGUGUUGAGAUUUUUCAACACUCGGACAUGCCAACUUGUUCUCGGUGCUGGUGCUAUGCAGGUAUCUGGUCUGAAGUCCAUAAAGGCAAAACACCUGGCACUAGCAAGUCAAGUGAUUGACUUCACUUACACUAUUAUUCCUGAAACCAGAAGAAUUCUGUUUUCAAAAGUACCUGAGACGAGAAAGCCACUUUUGUCAGUAGAGGUUGAUAAAGUCGCUCAGGAUUAUAGGAUUCAUCGAGAUGAAAUAUACACAAAAUUGGUUCAGAUAAUGAGAGAGAGACUAUUGGCUCAUCUUCAUAUGUUGCCUAAAGUUGUUGAGGGCUGGAACAGACCUCCAGACACCAAUAAACAAACUAAAGAGUUUGCGUGGCCACUCACAAGGGAAGUUGGUUACCUUCAUCGUGUUUUGUCCGAGACAUUGCAUGAAGCAGAUGUUCAAGCAAUCUUCAGGCAGGUGAUUAUGAUUAUCCACACACAAACCUCUCAAACGCUUACUAACUUGGAGAUAACCUCUCCAGAGGCAAAGAAAAGGCUGAAGCUUCACGUUGAGCUUAUUCUCAAAUGCAUCCGGUCGUUACCAUCUGACAAUACCAAUCAAUCAGGCAUCCCAAAUUGGGGAGAACUAGAUGAAUUUUUUGGACAACACUUUAGAGAAGAAGGAGGAGGCGAGGCUGAGUAAUGAAGUCUUCAUUGUACAGCAUUUUGUUUAUCCUCACUUCUUUUAUAAAGUUAUAAAAAUUCAGAGUUUGGCUUUGCGUAUGGACUACUCGUCCUGUAGAUUUAACCUACAGGCAUACUACCGUUCUUGGCAUGGACGAGACAAAUAUAGUGGUACUAAAAGUUUGGCAAGGGAAAGUAUCUUCCAAGUAUAAACUUAAAUUCCCUCGUCUGGCUUCAAUUUCACACCUCAAUGUUGCUUUCUAUUAUCCUCUUUGUUUUGUGAAUUUGUAUGAGGAACGGAGUGACUUGGAUAGAAGUUUUUAAUAGAGGGCAAGCAGUAGAUCUAGACGUGUGUAUAUUCUUACUGAAUGCUUUCAUUUCGACACACAGAGUUUGUUUUGAGGGCAUCAAGUUUUAAUCAAAAGUUAGAAGCGCGACUUAGCGAUUACUUA